AUGGCUAGUAAUAGCCCCGAUAUACAUGAUAUAGAGGUUCUCGGGACCUUCUCUAUCGAUGAGAAGGGAAAUUACCAGAACGAUUCCAGUCAACGUCGCUUUCUCGUCGAAACCGUCAAUGACCAUCUACAAUUCGACCUGCGUGACGGGAUCGACGAUUACAUCGCUCAGAAUCAACGCAAAGUUAGGUACGCAUCCUUAUCGUCAGUUCAAGAUUGGAUCCAUGAUAACAUGCAAGAGUUGACUGAGCGGAAGAUUCUAGAAACAGAACGAGGAGGAACUAGAAAACUUAACGUUGACUUCGUCGGGAGUACAGAAGUAUUCAGUCUUCUCCUUCGGGCAUGUGAAUGCAUCGAUCGUUUGGAGAUCCUUGUUAGACGCUGUAAUGGAACUUACUACAUCGAAUCAAGCCCUCGCAAAUACCAACGGUCGAGCGCAACGACGCCAGCACGAUACGAGCUAAGUGAGAUGAAAUACGCUGGGAGGAAGUUUGCAACGAGUAUCACAAGCACUGAUGAGGGAGGAGUGCCUACCGCUGACGAACCAGUAAACGCUAAUGCAACGUACGUAGUCGUGAUGAAGAGACAGCUUGGUGAUCACAGUUUUAUUCUCAGUACCGACGUUCAGGCAGAACGUAUAGACUCGAUUCAGACACCACCAGGAAACUAUGUGUGCAUCAGAAGUAGGAAGGCCCAUCUGGUUGGCAAUACCAACUUCAAAAAGUGA